GAGGCACAACGUCAGCAAUACAGAGAAAAGCGGGGAGACAAACCGUUUCAGAAAGUACCACAGUGUGGUGAGGGCAAGAGAGAAAUACAGGACUUUAAGAAUCUGAAUUUGAAUUUCAAACAGAAACACAAGAUAGGGUGGAGAGAGAAAGAGAGGGAGAAAGAGAGACAUGCACACACGCUGAGGGGUGUGUCAUAACAAUUUAGUUCCUCAAGGAAGUAAAACUCAACGUUAUCUUAAGACAGGGUGGUGAGAACUGACAGAGGCGCUGCAGGAGGGCUGCUUUUAUGGGUUUUCCUUUUGUUCUUGGUGAAAAUGAAGGGAUCUUGUUAAAUUAAAUAGCCUGUGUUGUCAACCUGAAGACAGACAGAGAGAGAGAGACACACACGAGGAGGGAGGGGGACUCAGCAAACACUCAGGCAACCAUGGAUGCAUUCAGCUCCAAGGACAUGGCCUUGAGGGCACAGAAGAAGAUCCUCAGCACCAUGGCCACUAAAAGCUCUGUGCAAAUGUUCAUUGACGACACCACCAGUGAGAUUCUGGAUGAACUGUACCGGGUCUCCAAAGAGUACACAGGGAAUAAAAGCGAGGCUCAGAAAGUCAUCAAGGACCUAGUCAAGAUUGCAGUCAAGAUUGGUGUGCUGUUCAGGAACAACCGCUUCAACACAGAGGAACUGGGAAUGGCCCAAGACUUCAAGAAAAAGCUCCAUCAAGGGGCCAUGACGGCCAUCAGCUUCUAUGAGGUGGACUUUACCUUCGACAAGGCGGUGAUGGCAGAGCUCUUGUCCAGCUGCAGGGACCUGCUGCUAAAGCUGGUCAACACCCACCUCACCCCAAAAUCUCACGGCCGCAUCAACCAUGUCUUUAACCAUUACUCCGACCCUCAGCUGCUGACCCAAUUGUACGACCCCAGCAGCCCCUUCAGACCCAAUCUCACCAAGAUCUGUAAAGGACUCAACAAACUGGUGGAAGACGGGACAAUAUGACAGAAAGUCAGUCUACGCAGCAAACACUGGGAGAUCCACCAGGAGCCUCACCUGAGACUCCAAACUGUUGGAAAAUUUUUGUCUUACUUCUGCCGAGGACUGGCUGCGUGAGACAAGUGACUUGAGAACAAAUCUGCUGCCCCAGUUUAGAAAGAACGUGGGAAGAGAAUAAAGUUGGUGCGGUCAUUCCUUAAAUUUACAGUGUGCAAAGGAGACACAUUUAGAUGUGUUUGUCUAUUCAGACAAAGAUAUUUCAAAUCAAACUUGAACAUCAACAGAUUUGUAUUUUAUCAGCUGUUUUACAAGCAUAUGAAAUAUUGUCCAUUGUUUAAUAUUUGAAACCUUUACAUGUUUUAAGAUAAACUACUGAUAGUGUGCAUUGAGGUUGAGGCGCAGAGAAUAUAGAGGGGAAAGGCCACUGCAAAACAGCACUGCCAUCUGGUGGUCAGGAGGUAAUACUUCAGCUGAAGUGCAUUAUUUUCACUGAGUUGUGAAAUUGAUUAUACAAUAAAGGAAACAAACAUA